AAAAGCGCGCGUUUAGAAGGGGAUGGGGCAAGAUACCUAUAAGAAACUAUAUAUAUAAGGGAUGGGGUCGGUCAGUUAGGUCCAGGUCAGUUAGGUCAGGUCUUGAGUUAGGUGGUCUUUUUCACAUAGUUGUAUGGUUAUUUUAAAGAUGUUUAUCAUUAUGUUUUUGUAAAAGAUCACCCAUACUAAGGUACAUUUUUUCUUUUUAGGUACCUACCUUUCAUUUAGCUCAGCUGUUGUAGGUUGUAUGAGAUUCUAUAAGUUUGGAAUAAUUUAAAACCCAUUGGCCAUUCUUAUCCUGAUUCCAAAAAAAAACUUGAACAAAGCAGUCGGAAAUAAAGGUAUGAUGAAUGGAAAUCCAAAUAUAUCAGGAACAAGACAACCACCGCAGCCUUUCAAGCAGCCAGAUAUCAACGAGUAUCGGCGUGAAGUGCCCGAUGUUUCUCUCGUCUUCAACCCAGAGGAGCGAAGUCUGGUGCUGCCCCUGUUGCCAGCUGACCGUCAGCAGGAGCAGAAUAUCCUCCAUCGCAGCCGCUCUGUGCCUGGCCGCAUCAGCGACCCCGCCCGACUGCCACAACAGCCCGUUCACUAUCGCACGCCGCCCCCACGGCCGGCCAGUGACCACUACGCGCCGUCAUGGCCCAGCCCAGGGUCCUCCGUCCCUCCCCGGCCCAGCUCGGCAUCAUCCGCUCCUCACCGCCCCAGUCCGACGUCCUCCGUCGCCUCACGGCCCAGCCCAGGGUCCUUCGUCCCUCCGCGCCCCAGCCCGGCGUCAUCCGCCCCUCCCCAGCCCAGCCCGCUGACUCGGCCAGCCGCCGUGGCGCCAGCGGACGUCAGCAUUUGCUACGAUGACGGCAGAGAGGUGCCUCGUCCGACCGUGGCCGCUCGUAUGACGCCGCCCGCCGAGUCGGCGGCAGUCUCGCCGCGCUCCGCCGGCUCGCCCGUCUCCAGCGGCGGCGGUGCGGGGGUACAGGUGCCGGCCGAGCCGUCCUGCUGCGGUGCUGAGCUGCGCGCCGUGCUCCGACUGGUGGCCGACAACGGCCGGCAGCUGGCGCAGCUCCGAGCCCAGUUCCGGCAGCUGCUGAGCCGCGAGACGCCGCCGACACCCCCAGCGCGGUGCGUGCUGAUGCGCGAGGCUCACACCCAGACAGAGGACGACACUCCGCGCCGGCCGACCACUGCGGCGGCGGCAGUCAACACCAGCUUCAGUCUAACGCCGCGCCGCGAUGUGGGCACCGACCCUGCGGCUCCGUGUCCGCCGGCCCGCGCCGAUCGGACGGCCGCUCCCCCUCCUCCGGCCGAGCGGGCGGCCGCUGUCCCUCCUCCCGCCGCCGAGGUGACCGGCAGCGGCGGCCGAGAGAACACCGCCCAGCUGCAGCGGCGGCGCGUGCAGGAGUGGGUGGCCGGCGAGGGCUGGGCCGAGGAGGCCGAGCCGGAGCUGACCCUGCGCGGACUGGUGCUGCCGCCCGUGCCCGAGCAGCAGCCCAGUCCCGAGGCCAGUGUGCACGUGGACAUGCCGGUGUACCAGCAGUCGCCGGGAGGGUCUUGCGACGGCUCUGUGGCCGAUGACGCCGAAGCAGACCGACCCAGACGGCCGGACACGACCUUCUUCCAGAACGUUAUGGGUCAGGUGAACCAGAUUCUGGACGGCGCGGCGGCGCGGGCCGAGUCCGGCGGCUCGGCCGAGGCCAGCGACAAGUCGCAGAGUCUGUCGGCGUCGCCGGUACCGCGUCACCGGGACGAAGAGGUGAUCGAGGCCGAGACGGACCCGGUGCGGCGCGCCACCCUGCAGCAGCUGCGCGCGGCCGGCGUCAGUCUGGUCACCAGCCAGGCCAACGACGAGUCAGUGCUGGACUACUCGUGUCCCCCACGGGCCGUGCGGACCACGGCAGCCGUGCCGUGCAGCACGGACCUCAGUCUCGAGAUGAACACACUGGCCAUGAAGUACGUGGACAGCCGGCAGCUGAUGCAGCGCGCCGCCGCAGUGGGCGGCCGGCCGUCGCCGCACCCAGUCGAGGCGCGUCUCCUGGGCAAGGAGAACCUGGCGCCGCCCUCGCGCGGCCGACCCACCGACAUGACCAUGUACGGCAUCUCCGACUCCAACAUGUCCUUCUCCACCAGGAAGUACAUGGAGAAGUUCAACCUGCAGUCAUGACGCGACACCAGCCGUCGUAGCGGUAGGACACCGGUCUGCCCCGAAUAGCUGAGAUUUAUUCAAUGGUUUAUAUGUUUAACAGGGGCCAACGCUGCGCCGCAUGUUGUUACGCACCGCUAAUUCUGUACAAUACAUUAAAACGUGCUUCAA